CCCAGACUACUUCAGGUCGUGGCUCAGUCCAUGAUCUGGAUCUCACUUAAAUCAGAUUACAUUCAGCGGCUGAACUCAGGGAGGACGUCCGUAAAAUUGUGGAACCAUUAAACGUCUGAAAAGCCAGAUCUCACAACUACACACAGGUUCUCUCAGUACAGGGCAGCACGGCAAUAACCUAGACAUUAAGUUAAAUCAAGCUGACUGGAGAGAGAAAAAGAGGCGAAACCAGAAUGAAAACAAAAAUUAAAAAUGAAAAAUAAAAUGAAACUCAUCUUUGUGACGAGCGUUGGUGCUUCCACUGAGUUGACAGUAACUAAAGCCAUUAAACAAUUAAAGGUAGGAUUGUCCUACAUAUAAACACAAGCCUUGAUGGAGGCACAGAGUCUGUAAAUACAGACAAACGGGGGGAGUCGUCCACUCAGACACAGACUACGCCGAUCGCCUCCUUCCAACAGCCUUCAUUAAAUUUUUGAUCACAGACAUAUAAAAAAUAAAUCCAAUUAUUGAAACUGGGGUGUUGGAUGAAUGGAUGGCUCAUUGAACACUCCCUCUAUCUAUCUAGUAUUUGCUAAUGUUUUCCUGGUUUGUUUAAAUCAAAGCGCCCCCUCUGCGUAGACCACCUGGACUAUCUUUAGCCCCUGCUGGCCAGUGAAUGGAAGUGCCUGACUUAUCUUCACUGCUGUCAUCGAGGCAGCCAGUAUUUUUAGGGGACAGCAGCAGCUGCAAAAGCAUUUAAUGGUAUUCCACGAACAAUGACACUUGGGUUGCCUGAGGCUGGAACGACGAGAGCAGGGAACCACUACGGCUGUUAAACUGGACACGGCUUCUCUGUUCCUCCUACCAAGAUGUGGAACUUUUGGCAUUUUGAACGAUUCAACAGAGCACGUGUGUGAAUCUGAAGUCAGAGCCUUCAGGAGAUGGUGCCAGGGUGUCUUUGCUUUAAAUGAGCCUGCAAGUGCGGAAUGUAUGCUGACGGUGGUUGGUGGCGACUGAAGCGAGAAUUUGGCAGCACAGACAUUGGAUUGUCUCCCAGUGAGUAAGUGCCACUUGUAGCUCUCCUGGGCUGCUUGCAGUGAAGAGGGACUGCUGGAAGAGCACACAUGGAUGUGUUUGGUGGUGCACCACGUUUCUUGGCCUAUCCAAGACCUGUGGUGGUGCAAAGUGGGACUGAUGCAGUCCUGAAAUGUCAGAUCGGGGGUGACCCACGACCUGCAGUUAUCUGGGAGCAGAACAAUGAAAAAAUUGACCCCCAAGGACGAUACAGGGUAUUUGAGGAUGGAAAUGUUUACAAUCUCAUCAUCUCAGCUGUGACCACCGAAGACAGUGGCCAGUAUAUAUGCAAAGCAAAGAACAGCAUUGGGGAAACAUAUGCAGCAGCCUCAUUGAAGGUGGAAGGAGAAGCACAAGAGAUGGAACUACGAGAAGAAAACAAGCCCCGAUUCCUCAUUAAGCCUCUGUCCACUCGCGCGGGUCGUGGGGAAGACGCUGUUUUUUCCUGUAAACUUUGGGGAAACCCACGACCCGAGGUCGUCUGGGAAAAAGAUGGCAGGAAACUCAAUGAAAUAUUUGAAAGCACACAUUUUAGUGUGGGCUACCAGGAUGGCGGAUGGUUCCAACUCAAAAUCUUUAAAACCCGUGCCCCCGAUGGCGGUGUAUAUACCUGCAAAGCCAGAAAUGAGUUUGGGGAAGCGCUGGCAGGAGCCGUGCUGCUCGUUGAUGCAGGCCCAGGACAUGAGGAAGAGGGAAAUCGGAAUGGCUAUACCAACGGCCAAUGGAAAGCCCAUCAAGGCAAACAGAGGAGCAGUAGGCCAGUGCUUAACCGGCUUAAAGACGACACCAUCACCAAGUCAACCAAAGUCAAAAUGUUUGCAGUGACUGAAGGCAAACAUGCAAAAUUCCGCUGCUUUGUGACUGGAAAACCCAAACCUGAAAUAAUCUGGAGGAAAGACGGGAGGCUCAUACUGUCGGGGAGGCGCUACCUAUUGUAUGAGGACAGAGAAGGAUACUUCACACUUAAAGUUCUGUACUGUAAGCAGAAGGAUAAUGGAGUUUACGUUUGUGCCGCAUCAAACACUGCAGGACAAACUCUCAGUGCCGUACACCUCUCUGUGAAAGAGCCACCCGUGCGCUUCAAACAGCCCCUCAUUGAUUUAGAAGUAUGGGAGCAAGAUUUGGCUGUUCUCGAGUGCGAAGUUCCAGAGGACUCUGUUCCCAUCACAUGGUAUCUGGAGGACAGACGACUUCAGCCUGGGGCCAAGUAUGGAAUGGAGGAGUGGGGAACAAAACGGAGACUAACCAUUCGUGACAUUGGUGUCGAUGAUGAUGGGAUCUACCUCUGUGAGAUGCCAGACGGGGGAAGAAGCAUUGCAGAGGUAGCUGUGAGAGGUACAAUUUUGCGAAAGCUCCCAAGAAAAGUGGACGUCUUGGAAGGUGAAAAUGCUGCCUUCUGUGUUGAAGUGGACAAAGAAGAGAUGGACAUCCACUGGUACAAAGAUGGCACUGAGCUACGUGAAACCCAUCAAACCAUCCUAAAGUCCUUCGGUCGAACUCACAUCUUGGUUUUUGUUAAUACGAUGCCCCAAGACUCUGGCCUGGUGACUUUCCUUGUUGGCAGAUCCAAGACUUCGUCUCAGCUAAGAGUAAAAGCGGCCAGACAUUGCCCUCCCAGUUGUCCAGUGGGGGUGCAGAUCAACACAGAGCGGGCUAAUGCUGCUCUUCUGUCAUGGAUUCCUGCCCAGGACUCACGAAGGAACCCUCCGUCUGGAUAUGUGCUUGAGCGCCAGGAAGUGGGCACCGGCUCCCAGGAGUGGCUUCAGUGUCUGACCACUGACUCUGCGACCUCGGUGGAAAUCCUAGGUGACAGCGUACCAUGUGAAGCUGAUUAUCGAUUUCGCAUUUGCAGCGUAAACAAAUAUGGAAAGAGUAACAAUGUUGAGUUCCCCAGAGCUGUUCACUUGGUUCCAGUGGCCAGAAUACAGGCUCCCCUACAGGACGCCUUGGUGCCAGAGGGGCAGGACGCCCUCUUUUCCAUUGAGCUCUCUGCCUCAGUUAUUGGCACAUGGUUCCUAAAUGGUACCCAGCUCCAAGAGGAUGAAAAGUUUUCCAUGCGUCGGACACGAACACACCAAUCGCUUCGCAUACGAAGCGUUCGUGACACAGACAAUGGAGCUGAGAUCACAUUUAUUGCAUAUGGCAUCCGGGAUUCUGCAGCACUGUACAUUCAAGCUCCUCUUGUCAAGUUUUCCCCCCUGUCGGAAAUGGAUCGGAACAAAUUUGUGGAAGUUGGGAAUCCUAUCGUUCUCUACUGUGAGCUCUCAGACCCCACAGCUCCAGUUCACUGGUACAAGAAUGGAAUGGAAUUACAGACAAUGGAGGGUCUUCACAUCCAAUCAGAGGGCACCAUGAGAAGAAUUGUCAUCCAAUCAGCAGAGUUCUCACAUUCAGGAGUGUAUUGCUGUGAUGCCAUUGACGAUGUGAUCAGAUUCAAUGUGGAAGUGGAGGCCCCACCUGUGAGGUUUUCCACUAUUCCAGAGGCUGAGAGGAACGUAACCAUCCAUAAAGGCAGCUCCAUUGUUUUACAGUGUGAGCUCUCAGAUCCCUCUGCCCAGGUGCACUGGUACAAAGAUGGGUCAAAGCUCCAUCCUCAGACUGGAGCAGAUAUUCUAAGCGAUGGCUUGGUGAGAACGCUGAUUGUCCAUUCAGCUGAGUUUGCCCACUCUGGGUUAUACUGCUGCAAGACAAAGGGUGACAGCAUCACAUUCAGUGUGGAGACCACAGCUCCGCCUGUGACGUUCUCAGCCAUUCCAGAAGGAAUGAGGACCAGGCUGAUUGAAGCAGGCCGUCCUCUAAUACUCCAGUGUGAGGUAUCGGACCCAGAGGCCCACGUUUGCUGGUACAAAGACCAAACGCGGCUUGUUUCAGACUCUGAGUUAGAAAUCCACUCGGAUGGCAGCAUGAGGACGGUAGUUGUUCAGUGUGCAGAGCCAGGCCACUCUGGUGUGUACAGUUGUGCUACACAGGAUGAUACUGUGGAGUUUCAAGUGCAAAUCAAAGCUAUACCAGUGACGUACUCUGCUGUCUUUGACGUUGAGAGAAGCAAGUCGCUCAAAGCGGCCAAAGCUUUGGAGCUGGAAAGCGAAGCUGCUGCACCAGUCCGCUGCUAUGAAGGCGCACAGGAUGCCUUUGACGUGCAGGACUCUGGCAUGUUGCCCUCUGCUGAGCUCUUGCACUCAGGGCUGUACAGCUGUGAAACCUCUGAUGACACAGUCCACUUUAAUGUGGAUAUUAAAGCCCCAACGUUGCCCUUGUCAGCUUCGCCAGACAUUGUGGAGACACAGUCGCUUGAAGCACCCUGCCUUCUUGAGCCAGCAUGUGAAACCUUAGAUCCUGUGGUCCAGGUGUCAUGGCAGAGGGACAAGGAGCACAAUUCUCAUAGAGAAGCUGAGUUUGAAAUGGGAGGCAUUGAGAAGAACCUUGUAAUCGAACCCACUCAUCGCUCAAACUCUGGAGCUUACUACUGUGCAACAGCAGAUGAUGUUGCACAGUUGAUAGUAAAACAUCAAGCAAUAGCACCAACAAAUCUGCUCGGUCCUGUGGAGAAGAGCGAGGCUGCUGAGGCACACUGCCCGAUUGUUCAGCAGUUUGAGAUUUCAGAUCCUAUUGCCAAAGCCUGCUGGUAUAAAGAUGGAACCCAGAUCUACCCAAAAAGGCAACCUGACUGUGAAUCACGGAGCAGCUGCCAAGCACUGCCCCUCCAGCCAAACGACAUCUGGGCUGCUGAUGAGCAGUUUAGCUGUGAAUCCCCCAGUGGUGCACAGUUAGAUGUGAACAUGAAAGCAGAGCAGCAUCACUAUCGUGAUGACAGUGGUGAGAUUGAUGAGGUAGCAGAUGCAUCUGCCCAAUACUCUGUGGAAAUCAAAGCUGCAACGCCUCGGCUCUCUUCUGGCCACGACAAGAACGAGUCAACUGUUGAAGCUUUCUGCACUUCCUCAAAGUGCAAUUCUGGCAUCGUCAUGGGCCAGAGAGAUACUCCGACAUAUGAAGACCAUUCCAAGCAAACGCCACCUUCUCAGUCAACGUUUAAUAAUAUAAAUCCCUGGAUGACCACCGUGAAGCCAAGGGAUCCCUCCAACAAUCAACAUCCAACUGGACAAUAUCCCAUAAACUGUAGCUCUGCUACAGUCAAGUCAGAACACAAGCUGUCUGACACACAGUGCUUCAUCAAAUGCCCCACACAAUCAGCAGGUGAGGACAUUGUUUGCUGUGGGCAGCCUGCAGAAGCUCUGACUGAGGAGCUUGGUGCUUCCCAGCACACAGCGAUCCAGACACAUGGCCUUGGUAACGUUCUGCAAACAGCCAUGUUCAGGCCUCGAAGGCUCCAGCCAGAGGAGUCAGCACAGCUCGCAACCACCUGGUCUGUGUCAGAUACACCUUUGGAGACGUUAAGUGGCCAGUCAGGGAAACCUAUGAAUCACUUACACGUUUCAGCAGUCCAACCAGACCAGACCUGCAACAAAGUCAAAACUGAAACUCUCCAAUCAGAGAAGUCCAAUCCAGUGUCAUUUACGGCCUUAGCUACUACAACCAUCCACUCAGAAAUGCUCUUAAAUUCCUUACAUGAGUCAACGAAGGCCUUUCAACCCUUACAAACCACCUACAUCCAGCCAGAGGAGCUCUGCAGCGCCCUACACAUGAUGGAUGUCCUUUCUCUUAACUGCUUACAACCUAAAACUGUCAAUUUAGACUACCCAUGUAACACCUCAUGGACAAAAACCAAGCAGUCAGAGCAGCUAAACCCACGCACUGAGUCAGAGAAGCUCUUUGAUUUGGCAGGUAUUGUGUGUCCUCAACCAAUGGACUCACAUGAAGCUAAAGAACCAGAACCUGUCCAACUGGGGCAGAGUUGCAACUUUCUACAGCCUGCAUGUAGCAGAGUGGGCGACCUCUGUCCUACAGAUCAGGCAGCAGCACCCGACCUUUCAGACAUGCUGCGUCAAUCGAUGCAGGCCAUUACAGUGCAAACAGGGAGUCAAUGCGCCGUGGAGACAACAGAAGAACAAGCAGAGACCACACUUCUACCACCCAGCAAGUUUACUGUGCCUCACUACAUCCAGCAGGAAGCUCCAUCAGAAGAAAUCUAUUUGUCCAGGACGUGUGAUAGCCACUGGAGUGACAGUGUUACUGCAGAUAAGGUGGCUGUCGAAGCUCCACCUGUGACUAUUGCAAAGCUUUGUGAGGCUGAGAAGAACAAAUCUGUUGAAGUUGGUGAAACCAUAGCGCUGCAAUGCGAGAUAUCUGAUCCUAACGCCCAGGUUACUUGGUGCAAGGAUGGAGUGAAACUACUUGAAGCAGCGGGUCAACAAGUGCUGGCAGAGGGAUCCGUGAGGUCGCUGUCUAUCCAGCCAGCGCUGCUGUCUCAUGCAGGGACUUACAACUGCACAACAACAGAUGACACAGUGCAGUUCCGUGUGGAAGUUAAAGCUCCUCUCCAGAUGUUUGCAUCUAUAGCCGAUGCCGACCAGAGAAAGACAGUCAUGGCGGGCUGCCCCAUAUCGUUACAAUGCGAGCUGUCAAACCCCACUGGACAAGUCAGUUGGUACAAAGAUGGAACAGAGCUCCUACCACAAAGCGGCGUACACAUCCAGUCAGAGGGGAAUUUUACCAGUCUAGUCGUCCCCUCAGCACAGCAGGCUCACGCCGGCAUGUACCGCUGUGAGUCAGAGGAUGACGACAUCCAGUUCGAUGUGGGAGCCAAAGCACAACAUGUGAAGCUCUCAGAGCUUGAAGAGAGUGACAGGAAGCAGACUGUCCAAGAAGGCGCUUCGAUUGUUCUCAGCUGCAAACUCUCUCAUGAUCCCUCCACUCAUGUCAGCUGGUACAAGGACGGAAUGAAACUCCUGCCUCAGAAUAACGUGGACAUACAGUCCGAGGGCUUGACAAGGACGCUGCGCAUCCAGUCAGCUGAAAGCAAACACAGUGGCACCUAUGAAUGCUCAACAUCAGCUGACACCCUCACGUUUUCCGUGGAAGUAAAAGGCCGCGCGCCAAAGAUCAGACCAGUCCCACUGGCAGAAAAAUACAGGCUGAUCACAGUUGGCUGCCCAAUGAUUCUCCAGUGUGAGGUGUCAGACCCUCUGGCCCAGGUUUCCUGGUUUAAAGAUGAGGUGGAGCUUUUUUGUAAAACAGGUCUUGAUAUGAAAAGAGAUGGCGGCAUCAGAAAAUUAAUGAUUAAUUCAGCCAAAGCCUCUGACUCUGGUAUCUACUGCUGUAGCCUCGCUGGCGAUGCAGUGACGUUUCAUGUGGACGUUGAAGCAACCCCUGUGAGGUUCUCAGCACUUCCAGAGGUCGCAAGAAACAAAUUUGUGGAGGCAGGCUGCCCAAUCACGCUGCAGUGUGAAGUGUCAGAGCCAACCGCCCAGGUGUACUGGCACAAGGACAGACAACAGUUGCCUCCACACAGUGAAUACGAAGUGCAUAAAAAAGAGAAGCUGAGAGCCCUGGUAAUCCAGUCAGCAGAGGUCAGACAUACUGGGCUGUACAGCUGUGAGGCCGCAGACGACCACAUAGAAUUCAAGGUGGAUGUUGCAGCUGUUCCAGAAGCUGAGGGGAACAAGUCUGUUGAAGCAGGCAGCCUGGUCUCACUGCAGGGUGACACCUCAGACACAGCACGCCAGGCCACAUGCUGUGAGGACGAAAUAGAGCUCUGGCCGUAUUCAGGGAUGAACGUGGAGUCAAAGGCUAUCAAGGGGACACUGCUUACGAAAACGGCCACGUCGUUUUGCUCUGAGUCGAACGGUGGUAAAACUAAUGACGACUCAGAUUUCCAGGAUGUCUGUGUGGAAGUGAAAGCACCUCCCGUCAGCUUUGCUGAUGUCCCAGAGGACAACCUGUACAAGAGUGUGGCGGAAAACGAGCAGCUUGUUCUGUCAUGCGAGGUGUCACGGGCCGACGGUUCUGUCCAGUGGUACAAAGACGGAUCUGAAAUCCAAGCAGGCAAGAACGUGACAAUAGAAGCAGAGGGCACCAGACGGAGCCUCACUGUACAUUUUGCCCGGCUAUCUGAUGCCGGCACCUACACCUGCCGAACAGGAGACAAUGUUUUAAUCUUCAAGGUUAAUGUACGAGAACCUCCGGUGAUGAUCAUCUAUCCAAAGGAGGACGUCCACCUUGACCGUCACGUGCCUGAGGAGAUUAUUCUGAGUUGUGAAUUGUCUCGUCCCUCUGGCGUCAUCAGCUGGUACAAAGAUGGACAAAAGCUUCAGGAGAGUGAGAACAUCAAGCUGAAGAUUGAAGGCCCUUAUCGAAGACUGAAGAUUCUUUCCAGUGGGGUGGAAGAUUCUGGAGAAUAUGUCUGCGAUACAGCCGAUGAUUCAAUCUUCUUUCAUCUUAGCGUUACAGAACCUCCGGUACGAAUUGUGUCGCCGAGUCAGUCCCAAAUGGAACUGUGCCAGCAGACAUCUGAGAGGAUGGUUCUGAGCUGCGAGAUCUCACGGCCCAAUGCAACUGUGCGCUGGUAUCGAGAUGGACUUGAAGUAGAGGAGAAUGACAACCUCCUCCUAGAGGUGGAUGGCGUCUACAGGAGACUUAUCAUCCCUGAAACGACCGUCAAAGACUCAGCAGAAUACGUGUGUGACACGGCUGAUGACUCCAUGACGUUCUUUGUGAACAUAGCAGAGCCUCCAGUUCGCUUUGUACGGCCAAGGAAGAGUGCAAGCAGACUAGAGAAGGUGGUUGGUGAGUCUCUGGUUCUAGACUGUGAGGUUUCCAGAGCCAACGCUGAGGUCACCUGGAAGAAGAACAAGGAGGAGGUAGAAAACUCUAGAAAUGUCACCAUCCUGGAGGAUGGAGUCGUGCGCCAACUGACCAUUCACUCUGUGAUGGUGGAGGAUGCUGGCCAGUACGUGUGUGAUGCCAAGGACGAUGUGAUGGACUUCCAUGUGAUGGUGCAGGAGCUGCCUGUGAAGAUUCUUGGAAAAACUGAAGCAAAAACAGAAAAGCAGUUCUUUGUGUCAGAUGACAUCAUCCUUGUGUGCGAACUUUCACGAUCCAACGCCUCAGUAAGCUGGUUCAAAGACAGUCAGCUUAUCGCCAACAGUGAGCGAUACUGCAGCGAGGAGCAGGGCGUCUUCCGAUCGCUGGUGGUCCUAAACGCUGGGCUGGAGGAUUCUGGAGAGUACACCUGUGAUGCAGCUGAUGAUAAAAUAGUCUUCUACAUCACUGUCAGAGAGCCACCAGUGCAGAUCGUUGGAAACUCCGGCCACCCAGAGCAUCACAUCCUGGUGGCAGGAGACGACCUCAUCCUGGAGUGUGAAGUGUCUCGACCAAAUGCCGCCGUCCAGUGGUUACGCAAUGGCCAAGUACUGGAAGCAGACACUCGUAUUCGAAUCCACAGCUGUGACGUCACAAGGAAGCUUGUGCUUUCUGGCCUUCAGCCGUCAGACUCUGGGAAAUACAUAUGUGAUGCCAUUGAUGACAAGCUGGUAACGAUCGUUGAGGUGCAAGAUCUACCAGCAAAGUUUGUGAAUAAAACGGCUUCAAACAGCAUCUCGGCCUGUGAAAACGAGAGUGUGACGCUCUGUGCGGUGGUGAGCCAUGACAGAGCGCCUGUGCGGUGGCUGAAGGAUGGCCGGCUGCUCGACCAGGACAACAUUCAUAUCUCCAGCGAGGAUAAGACCCACAAGCUCACCAUUAAUCCCCUGCAGCUGUCAGAUUCUGGGGAGUAUGUGUGUGAUGUAAAGACAGAUGAAAUGUAUUUCAGUCUUUUAGUUAAAGAAAUGAAGGCGACAUUCGUCAGACGUUUGGAGAACACCGUGGCCCUGGAGGGCAGGAGCCUGACGCUUCGCUGUGAACUCAGCAAACCCAAAGGAGAUGUCCAGUGGCUUAAAGACGGCAACGAGGUUCGUCCAAGUCGUCGGCAUACAAUACGAGCACAGGGGCGUGAGCGGAGCUUCACCAUCCACCAGACAGCGAAAGAAGACGCCGGAGAAUAUGCCUGCGAGUCCACUCAUGACAGGACGUCAGCGAGCGUUGUCGUAGAACCUCCUCGUGUGGUCGAGUUCAUAGCAGAGCUUCGCAGCAUAACGGUCCGUGAAGGAGAAGACGCCGUGUUCAAGUGUGUGGUGUCGCCAGAGGACACUCGCCUGGUGUGGCGCCUGAACGGACAGCAAGCGGCAAGGAACGAGCGCGCCGUCAUCUCCAGCAACGGGCUGUGUCACAUGCUGUGCAUCCACCGCUGCCUGGUCUCAGACAGCGGUAGAGUGACGGCUGACGCCGAAGGGGUGGUGUCCAAGGCAGAGCUCCAGGUUCAAGAGCAACAGGUGCUGUUCACCAAGGGCCUGACGGCCGUGACAGCCGAGGAACACGGCGAUGCGCUGCUGGAGGUGGAGGUGAGCGUGGACUCGGGGGAGGUGCAGUGGAUGAGGCAGGGGGUGCUCAUCCACCCCGACGCCAGACACAGCCUGAAGCACUCGGGUCGCACCCACAGCCUGGCCAUCCACCAGCUGGCCGUGUCCGACCGCGGCGCCUACAGCUGCGAAACCCUCCACGACCGCACGCAGGCGCAGCUCAGCGUGGAACCUCGUAAAGUCUCGCUCAAGAGGGGCCUAAAGGACAUCAGGACUACGGAGAGGGAGACGGCCUCCUUCGAGGUAGAGCUCUCUCACUCCAAUGUCCCAGGCACUUGGAUAAGAAACGGGAUCCGGAUCAAACCCACCAGCCACUUCCGCGUGAGCGCUCAAGGUCCAGUGCACAGCCUCAGCAUGUCCAACCUGUCAGUGGAGGACACCGGCACCUUUACCUUCUGCGCUGACAAUAUAUGCCCUCGGCCUCCAUCACAGCUCAGCAACCACUCACUCUGCUGGGCCGUCUGACUGGACCUGGACCAGAAUACUGACGGCUCUGCUCCUGUGGCCUUUACCCGGCUCGCAUUACAAACAGAAUAUCCCAGCGUGACCCAUUGAGAAGCAUCCCCUUGAGCCUUAGGAUGACAGUUGCAUUAAAAAGCCAUUACAGUAAAUUAGUCCACAUAAUUUAACCCUGUAAGUGGACUAUUUAUAGGUUGUUCAGAAACAAUAACAACAAAAAUUUCAAAUAUCAAUUUUGGUAAAUUUGGUGCCCUUGGGGUUCAAUUGGGUGACUAUAUGACUAUAGACAUGUUUAAAAUCAAAUUAAACAGUAGUGUCAGGGCUACAACACUAUAUGAGACGAAGAUAUGAUGCAAUAAACUGUUAGCAUGUAGUUAGCAUUAUAGCCAGCCCUGGGCUAGUUUGCGACCCAUUUAUGGGUCUGGCACUGUGAUACUUUAUGCAACACACAUAAACAAGGGCUCAAAUAAAAGCUCUAAUCUAAAGGAAUCUGUCACAUGUGGUGAGUUAUGAGCCAAAGAAUGACAUAUGCUAAGCUAAUUGCUAGCUAAAUAAACAAUGUACACAUUCAAAUAUAAUCACACUAAGUCCAUAUUACUGGUGAACGGAUCCCAUUGUCUGUUAUUUCUACCUUCUGGGAGGUUACUCACUCACUCUGUUACUCUCUAGCCCUCCCACAGACCUUGUCUGAAGUGAUUUAUGGAGGGGGCAUUUUUUAUGGCACCAGGGCCAUAAAAAAAAAAAAUCAGCCAUUCUUACUGGCUAACAGUCCUAUCCUAUCACUCUUGUGUUGGUGUUUUAGGCCAAUUCUAUAGCUUAUAACAAGUAAAAAGACACUUCACAGGCCACAGUCUGUUGUUGCUUGGUGGAGAUAAGGCUGCGCAGACAUCUGCCCCCCCUAGUGGCCUGUACAGCGACAGAUUUGGAAAGUGGACACAAAUGAACACCUUCACGUAUAUUUAGAUUGGUAUAGGUAAGUAGUAUUUGGACAUAUUGAUCACUUUUAUUGCUGUUUUAGGUGGGUAGUAGUGGAAAAACAUAUAGAAUAUCCACACUAGGAAACUCCUAAGCUCAUUUGACUGUUGGCAUUAAAAUUAUUGGUCCUGCUUCACUGCAUUGAAACCAACUUUUUGCUGAGUUGAUGUUCACCGAUUGGGCUAUGAUUUCAUGGGGGUUAGAAGUUUCAUUAGCCUCUGCUUUACUGAGAUAUUCAUCCUAAAAGUGCAUUUCUCUUCAGAUAUAACUGAAGCAUUUUACCUCUAUUAUUCAUAAAUAUUGCAUCAGUAACAGUAACACUAAUUUUACACCUCAUAUCACAUCUCACAAGUGUCCCCUACAUUAUGACACCACUUUCACGUUAAAUAGACCUUGUUGUUGUAGAGAUCAAUGAAUUUGAAUGUAGCUACUGUAUGCCGAUUUUCAGAAAACCCACAGAAAACAACCUUGGGGCUGAAGAAGUUACAGGUGUUGGUGAUUAGCUUGUAACAGCAUAACCAGGUU